UAGCUCUGCAGAGAGACGUGUACGCGAGAAACGGAAGUACGUCGCGGCGAGAAAAGCCACGAGAAGCUACGAUACUUACCGUUAUAGACGUCAAGAGUGAAACGAAACAGUGUCUUUGUUGCGGUGAACUACACGGUGUUGAAGAAUGCACGAAGCUCGCAAACAUGAGCGUGACAGAAAGAUGGUCGUGGGCGCAAGAUAAUAAGAUAUGCUUCAACUGCUUACGCAGUCGACAUCGUCGAUUCUCUUGCAAGGAAAAGCGAUGCGGUGUCGACGAGUGCAGAGGUCGUCACCACGAAAUGCUACACGCUGAAAGGGCGUCGCCGACGACACAAGUAAACGGGACAACCGAAGAAACCGCUCUCGUCGCAUCAACAGCGGCGACAUGCGGCUCUGUGUUACUAAAGGUGUGCCCGGUAAUAAUACGCGGUCCGGAGGGUACAGAGAUCGCCACAUACGCGCUUCUUGACGAAGGUUCCACUAUAUCGCUAAUUGACCAACAAUUAGCAGAAGAGAUAGGUGCGAAGGGACCAACGCGUAACCUUCGCAUCCGCUGUGUGUCGGCGACGAACAAUCAUCCGAAUAGCCGCAUCGUGGACCUUACUAUUAGAAGGAAAGGACAAGACGAGUCGCACGCAAUAAAAGCGAGGACAGUGAAGAGCUUAGCCGUCGGGAUGCAAACAGUGAGUACUGAUUGCUUGCGGUUAAGCCACCUAUGUGAUUUGCCGAGGGACGCUUGUUUUAAGAACGCGAAGCCUAAGUUAUUAUUAGGUGCGGACAAUUGGCACCUAAUUAUAUCUCGCAACAUUCGUAUCGGACAACGCAACGAACCGAUCGCGGCGAACACGUUACUCGGUUGGGUGAUACAGGGGACGACGCCAAGAGCUGUAUGCGAAGAUGAAGAAACUGUGCUUCACAUCCGCUCGCCCUACUCACCGGGACCCAACGACGCCGACGACGAGAUUAACGCAUUAUUCAAAAGGCAAGUCAAAAUAGACGAAAAUGACCAGCCAGCACAGAUGUUUUUAUGGCGCGAAGACGACCGCCGUAAUCCACCUCAAGAAUACGUGAUGACGUCGAUGAUAUUCGGCGCGAGAAGUUCGCCCUUUUUAGCUCACAGUGUUCGUGACUACAACGCGCGCGUACACGCCGAUACGCAUCGACUAGCUCUCGACGCCAUCACGAAGAAUCAUUACAUGGACGAUUAUCUCGAUAGCUAUGUUACUUUCGACGACAUGCAGAAAACGACAAAGGAAGUGGUCGAGGUACAUGCAAAUGCCGGUUUUAUUUUAGCGAGUUGGAAUUCGAACAAACUCGAGGCGCUAGGUAACAUACCUAUCGAUAAGCGUGCCACGGAACCGACGGAAGUGGGCAAGACAUCGGAGGCGAAAACUCUCGGGCUGCGAUGGAUAUCUGAGGAAGACGCGUUGUCCUUUAACGUGUCGAUGUGUCGUGUUCCUCAAGAAGUUAAAGAUCUCUAUCGACCGCCGACUAAACGAGAAGCUUUAAGCGCAGUAAUGUCCAUGUUCGACCCGUUAGGUCUGCUCAGUUACGUAACAAUAACGGCAAAGAUCCUGUUACAAGAUCUUUGGAGGAUGAAAACCGUGAGCUGGGACGACGAACUACCAACAUCUUCAGCGGAAGACUUCCAGCAGUGGCUACAUGCCAUACAAAUAACCGCACAGCUUCGUCUCCAGCGCUGUUACGCUCCUACGGGGGGAGUUGUUGAACGACGACUACAUGUGUUUAAGGACGCAAACGAACGAGCGUACGCGAUGGCAGCCUACUGGCGAACCCGAUAUGAAAACGGUUCGACAAGGAUUAAUCUAAUAGAUGCGAAAGCGGAAGUAGCUCCGAUUAAGACGCAAAGGACACCGCGUUUAGAGUUACCGGCCAGUUUGAUAGGGGCUCGUUUUGCCGACGCGAUCCAGACCGAGCAUUUAAUUAAAGCCGAUAAAGUAUGGCUAUGGACAGACUCGCGGACAGUGCUUCAUUGGAUUAGAAACAAUACGUCGCGAUAUAGUCCGUACGUUGCGGGUCGGUUAGGGGAGAUCGCAGAACAAACUACGCGGGAAAGGUUAAGCGCAUACGCAAUGCCCUUCGCAUAUACGGGCAUUCAAUAUUUCGGGCUAUUAACCGUCACCGUCGGCCGGCGUCGCGAAAAAAGAUGGGUCGCAUUGUUUACAUGUUUAACGACUCGGGCGACACAUUUAGAAUUAGUUAAUAGCCUUACGACAGACUCCGCGAUCAUGGCGUUAAGACGAACGGCGGCGCGGCGCGGAUGGUCGAACGUUGUCUACUCCGACAACGGAACAAAUUUUCGAAGAGCGGCGCAGGGACUUGCGGACGAAUACUGGCGAAGGUGGAUCCGCGAGUACUUGCCUACCUUAACAACCAGAGGGGAAUCGAGGAAGAGCGAAGACAAUAGCCCGAGACCGGGCGACCUGGCGCACAUCGGCGACGGCCACCUCCCGCGGAAUAUAUGGCCACGGGGAAUUAUCACGAGGACAUUCCCGGGGCCUGACGGGGUGGUCAGGAACGUCGAGGUGAAGACGAGGGGCGGGCUGCUGAGAAGACCGGUGAAAAAGGUUGCUGUCCUCCCUAGAGAAGAAUCGGCUUCGAUGACUACGCCGGGGGGAGAAUGUAGAGGACAGUUUUAGACCCCCACACAUGGGUAAGCCCCCGCGCCGAUGCGGGGAAUGAAGUAGCGAGAAGGGUGUGCAUUAGGAAGAAAAAACGUCGUGUGAUUGUCAUGGGACCCCGCCCAUGGAGACGGAGCGUGCUUAGCCCCCGAAAAAGCUAAGCCCCUCCAAGCUCAGAUAUGAAUAGAGCACUGCGGGGUGACGAACCAACCUACAUCACAGACCGACUGACCCGACUCUCACGCGACGUUAUUCAAGGAGUCAAGUUUUUAUAGUGUUAAUUUUCAUAUUGUUCUUUUAACUAAUUUGUAACUACCAGUUCUUAAUAUAUUGUUUGUACCGGAA